AUGACCGCGCCAAACGAAAACCUCCUUCCCCGCCCACCAUACGACCCCGAACUCUACGCCGGCCUCCCCAUCUUCCCCGACACCCCGGAUAUGGACUCCACGGCCCUAGAAGACCACCGCACCGAGCUCACCCUCGCCACAACGGCCGUCAAAGAAAUCAUCCUCGCCAACCCCGCCAUCACCCACACCGAACAGACGAUCCGCGGUCCACGCGGGCCCAUCGACGUGUCCAUCUUCGCACCAUCCAAGAAUGCCAAUGACGGGAAUCAUCGGCCCGGCAUCCUCAACUUCCACGGCGGCGGCAUGACUUCCGGCGACCGCUUCCUGGGCAUGGGCACCAUGGCCGAGUACAUCGCGGCCUUCGGCGCCGUCGUCGUGAGCCCGGAGUACCGGCGCGCGCCCGAGCACCCGCACCCGGCGCCCGUCGAGGACUGCUACGCGACGCUGCAGUGGGUCGCGGCGAACGCGCUGGACCUGGGGAUUGACCUGAAGCGACUGAUGGUGGCGGGCGAGUCGGCUGGCGGUGGGCUGGCGGCGGCCGUGGCGCUGAUGGCGAGAGACCAGGGAGGGCCGAAGUUGUGCGCGCAGCUGCUGGUCUGUCCCAUGCUGGACGAUCGGAAUGACAGUGUAUCCAGCCGGCAGUUUGCGCAGGGUGAUUGCUGGAACCGGAAGAGGAAUGCUUUUGGGUGGAAGUGUCUGCUAGGCGACAAAGCGGGCAGCGAGGGGGUCAGCUAUUACGCAGCCCCAGCGAGGGCGACGGAUAUGUCCGGACUGCCACCAACUUUCAUCGACGUGGGUUCGACAGAGCCGUUCAGAGAUGAGGAUGUUGCAUAUGCUUCGAAGCUUUGGGAAUGUGGUGUCGAUGCUGAGAUUCACGUUUGGCCGGGCGGGACCCAUAACUUUCACGCAUUUGUCCCAACAGCUGCGAUCUCUAUAAUGGCCAAUAAAACAAGGACGGAGUGGGUGCGAAGAGUCCUUGAACGAGCCGCGUGA